CAAGCCCGCACCUGUCACAAGUCGUCAUUCGACAACGCUACGCAAAAAACCGCUUGAGAAAAAAUGCGAAACGAGUUUUCGCACCGACGGUACGGCUGAAAGAUUUUCCCCCCGAGCAGAGGGGGACUCGGUCGAGGUGGCGGGGCCUCGCUCCCUGCCCCCAGGCCACCGGGCCAAUGGCGGAGCGGCGCGGCCUGGCCCGACCUAACUUCGACCUAAGCUCAGUCGCGACCGAACCGCGACCCUUGACACACGCGCGCGGAACCGUCCCGCGCUCUCACCCGGCGCCCGCAACCGGCAUCAUCACGCACGGCGCGCUAGUGUACGGCGGGGUCGGCGGCCCGGGGCUCUGCCCUCCGAGAGCCCCCGACCUCCCGCCGCUCGAGCUCGGCUUCCGCGGCAGCUGGCGCGAGGACGAGCUGCUGCCGUCCACUCCCGCCAGCCAGGCCGCGUCGACGCAGAGCGGCUCCUCCGCCACCGACAAGGGCCAGAACGUGGAGUGCGUCGUCUGCGGGGACAAGUCCUCCGGGAAGCACUAUGGCCAGUUCACUUGUGAGGGUUGCAAAUCCUUUUUCAAGAGGUCCGUGAGAAGGAACCUCACGUACUCCUGCAGAGGGACGCGGAACUGUCCCAUCGACCAGCACCACAGAAACCAGUGCCAGUACUGCCGGCUAAGGAAAUGCCUCAAAAUGGGCAUGAGGAGGGAAGCUGUUCAAAGAGGCCGAGUGCCUCCAUCGCAGCCUGCCGGCUUGGCCCUUCCGGGGCAGUUCUCCCUCGCCAACGGCGACCCAGCCACCGGCCUCAACGGCCACCCCUACCUCUCCUCCUACAUCUCCCUCCUACUUAGAGCAGAACCGUACCCCACCUCGAGGUACGGUCCAUGCGUCCAGCCCACGAACGUGAUGGGCAUAGACAAUAUUUGUGAACUAGCAGCAAGAUUACUCUUCUCUGCCGUCGAAUGGGCGAGAAAUAUUCCCUUUUUCCCCGAACUCCAAGUGACGGACCAAGUCGCGCUGUUAAGACUCGUCUGGUCCGAGUUAUUCGUCCUCAACGCGUCCCAGUGUUCAAUGCCCCUCCACGUGGCUCCCUUACUCGCCGCUGCCGGUCUCCACGCCUCCCCCAUGGCUGCGGACCGUGUGGUGGCGUUCAUGGACCACAUACGAAUCUUCCAGGAGCAGGUGGAGAAGCUAAAAGCCCUCCACGUGGACUCCGCCGAGUACUCCUGUCUGAAGGCCAUCGUGCUGUUCACGUCAGGUAAAAUUUUGGACAGUUUAUUCGGGGAAGCGAGGCUGCUGCUGUACAGGGUCGCCGGUGCUGGUGCGGCUAUCACUGACUAUAACGAAUUAGUCACUCUGGUUCGAACGCAUUUGGAUGCGUACGCCGAGGCGAGUAGAGUUCCGCAGCCGCCAGCACCGCCGCCUCCUUCCGCAGCUUCCUCUGGGUAUUACUCAACUUUGGACACAUCGCUCGGCGUCAACUCCUCUUUGUCCUACGGAAGUUUCCUAUCCCCUUCGCGUCUUCCACCAAAUUAUACGAGCAGCCCACGAGCUCCCGAAGCUAGCACGUCGUCUUUUAAACUCUACGAAGGGACGCACGGAAAAGUCUUUAAGACAGAUCAGGGGGGUUGAUUCCAAGCGAUAGAUUUUGCAGGGAUGAAAUUGAGGUGUCGGGUGACGAAUGAAUUUCCACUUGGCGCUUGAUCGGUUUUCGGUGAACGAGUAUAUGCACUAUAUGCGGUACCGUUGCAAUGUUCGCUUAUUGUUGAAUGUUGCUCGUUUUGAAUGUAUGUGGGGAUAAUAACUCUCGCUCCUCGGAACGGUGCGCGGUUGAAUGGGGAGUUUGCGACUUAUUGUUCUCGAUGCUAUCGAAUUAUUUGUGAUACGUUAUGUACAUGUGUAAAUUUGUCAAUAUGAAAAAAAUAUUUAUUGGUUAUUAUUAUUAUUUAUUACUUAGAUUUAGGAAUCGUUUGUUAGGCGGGCGUCGACGCGCGUACCGUUUUAUGGCUAAGCAUUAAUUUAUUUCAUGUAAAUAUGUACGUAACUUUAUUUAUUUAAUAUACGCGCGAAAU